AUGGCUCCGGCGCCUGAGGUCGACUUUGCAGAAUAUGUGUCUCCAGCCUUUCACCAUUUCGAACGGCGGGACCUGACAGUGAAUCGGACACAAGCGAUCACGGUUGGAGUCAUCGGAGUAUACGUCGUCGUCAUUGCUCUACUUUGGAACAUUCCCUACGUCAAGAAUGUUCUAUGGCCCUUCAAGAUGCUUACCAUCGCGUUCCACGAGUUUGGGCACGCCAUGGCUGCCGUUCUGACCGGCGGUAAAGUAGAGUCAAUCGAAUUGAAUCCAAACGAGGGUGGCGUGACCCACAUGCGUGGAGGCAAGCAAUUCUUCACACUGCCGGCAGGAUAUCUUGGAUCGUCCCUGAUCGGAGGCCUCCUGGUCUUCUGCGGAUUCAACAUCGUCGCCUCGAAAGUGGCAUCGAUUGUGCUCGGCGUCUGCUUCUUGUUGACACUCUGGUGGGCUCGCAAAGACUGGCUUACGAUCGUAACGAUCAUCCUCGCGACUGGACUUCUGGUUGGAAUGUGGUUCGUGAAUUCAGGAUUGGGCCUGCGCUUCGUUGUGCUAUUCAUCGGAGUCAUGAGCAGUCUUUACAGCGUGUGGGACAUAGCGGAUGAUUUGAUCAUUCAUAAAAUAAAUUCCUCUGACGCCAGCGUCUUCGCGAAGCGAUACGGAGGAUCAUCUCGCUGCUGGGGCCUGAUCUGGAGCUCUGUGUCUGUCUGUUUCUUAGCCGCUGGCAUCGUCGCAGGUAUUGCAGUCUUUCGGCAGGACUUUGCGCAGCAGAAACAAGAUUCAGACGACUUCAUCCCGACACGAUAG